CCGGCGGCAGCUGGGCUGGUCCCGGGGCCCGACCAGGGGUGGAGGCGGGAAAGCGAGACGAUGAUGAGUCCGGCGCGGCGCCGCUGCUGCAGCCGGAGCCGCCCGUGUUUUGCUCCACGCGGCUGGGCCGCUCGCUAGUCAGUGCUGGAGGCGGCGGCGGAGGCGGCGCAGGGCAGUCCGGGCCCCGCGGCCGAAGAGCGGCUUCUGGAGGGAGAGCGCUUGCUGCCCAGGUUGCGGCCCGGGAGUGGCGGCGGCGGCGGCGGGGCCAUGCCGUGGCUGAGCGGAGGACGGAGGCGGAGACGGCAGCAGCAGCAGCAGCAACAGGCAGCGGCGGCCACUAUGGGACAAGGGACGGGGCAACCGCCUGCUGUGGCGGUGGCGACGGCGGCCGGAGGCGGCGGGCCGCGGGGCCGGGAGAGCUCGGAGUUGCCUUUGCCCACAGGCUGGGAGGAGGCGAGAGACUACGACGGGCGCGUCUUCUACAUCGACCACAACACCCGGCAGACUUCGUGGAUCGACCCUAGGGACAGGAUUACGAAGCCAUUAACGUUUGCUGACUGUGUUGGCGAUGAACUGCCUUUAGGAUGGGAAACUGUUUACGACCAACAAAUUGGUGUUUAUUACAUGGACCAUAUAAAUCAACUCACGCAAAUUGAGGACCCAAGAGAGCAGUGGAGAAGAGAGCAGGAGCGUAUGUUAAAGGAAUAUUUAAUUGUUGCCCAGGAAGCACUUAAUGCCAAAAAGGAAAUUUACCAAAUUAAGCAGCAACGUUUUGAACUAGCACAAGAAGAAUUCCAGCAGCUGCAUAAAAUGUGUGAGGAUGACAGCCGCUCUUAUGCCAGCUUGUUCUCUGGAUUUUCAACCAAUACCAAAUACGACCCAUGUCAGAUUAAAGCAGAAAUAGCAAGUCGACGUGACAGACUUUCUAGAUUAAAGAGAGAAUUGACACAGAUGAAGCAAGAACUGCAGUACAAAGAGAAAGGAGUAGAGACACUGCAAGAGAUUGAUCGUAAGAUAUCAAAUGCCCACAUGAAUUAUAAAUUGGAUGAAGCACAAGCAAUAAUGAAUGAACUUCGAAGCAUCAGGAAGGCCAUUUGUAUGGGUGAGAGAGAGAGGCAAGAUUUGAUGCAGAGUCUGGCGAAGCUGACAGAUGGAUUCAGGAAUAGCUGUUGUAUUACAGAAUCUCUUCAGGAAUUUCAGCAUAAUUCUAGCUCACUCAGAGACUCCAGUUUACCUCAACAACAUUCUGAUGCUUGUUCUCAAACUGACAUCGUUGGAGAGGAGUGGGCAUCUUACUCCAACAUGUUUGGUUUUGAUGAUAAAACAAGGCAUGCUGACAAAAUAAAACUGAGCUGGCAGUAUGAAGAAGCCAAAAAGAAGGUUUUCAGUAUACAGCAGCAAUUAGCUCUACAAGAUCAUGAAUAUUGGCCAGGGAUGGUUGAGACUGACAGGGACCGUCUUCAGCUCAUAAAAGAGAAAGAAGCUCUCUUACAAGAACUGCAGCUCAUAAGUCAGCAACAGCGGUCACCAGAAGACAUCCAACGUUUAGAGGAGGAGAAAAGGCGCCUGGAGGAUGAGAUCCAGCAGGCUCGAGCCACUUCUUCUCAUGGUGCUGCUGAAAGGAUACUGCUACAGGAGAAGAAGAAUUGCUUGCUCAUGCAGUUGGAAGAGGCAACUCGUUUAACUUCCUAUUUAUAUUCCCAGUUGAAAAGCUUGUCUGCCAGCACACUGACAAUAUCUUCUGGCAGCAGUCGGGGGUCACUGGCAUCCAGCCGUGGAUCGUUGGCAUCCAGCAGGGGUUCUCUAAGUUCUAUUAGUUUCACCGACAUUUAUGGUCUUCCUCAAUAUGAGAAAUCAGACAGUGCUACAGAAUAUGGGCAGCAUAUACGCUAUGAUCCAAUUCCAAUUGAUUCUCAUAGCAAAGACAUACAGUACCUUGAAUCUAUUGGAACUUCUAGUAGCAGUAAACAAAGAAGAUCUUUGGAUACGCCUCUGUCCCUGGCGUCUCUGUCUUCACGGUCAUCUUUGUCCUCAUUAUCUCCUCCAAGUUCUCCCCUGGAUACUCCCUUCCUACCUACUUCUCGGGAUUCUCCAUUGGCCCAAAGGUCAGAAGGAUAUGAGGAAAUAAUGGGCACAGGUGCCUUAGAAGUACUCCGAGGUCAGGUCUCUAUUCUAGGUGAAGAUAAGGCACAAGAAACAGUGUCAUCUAAGGCUCUUGAAUAUUCCACAGGCAAUGAAGGACUGCGGGAAGCAGGGCUGCAACUGACCAAUCUGCCAAUCUCUGGAGCGGUGACCCUCCGUGAAGACAGUGCUAGAAGGUCAGAGAGAAGAGCCAGGCGAGUCUCAGCAUGUCUGUCCAAUUAUUCACUGGCUAGUGACAGUGGCGUGUUUGAAGCUUUAAGCAAAAGGAAUGACGAUGUUGAAGAAACACUGUACAGUGAUGCAGUCAGUAGUGAAGAGCCAAAAAUGCAAGUUGGGUUUGUGCAUGACAGCGGAAGUGAGUGUCUCCUGGUCCAUGUGUUGCAGCUAAAGAAUUUUACUGGCAUUGCUGUGAAAGAAGGUUGUAAAAUACAUGUGAGAAUAUAUUUACCAUCUCUUGAGUCAGGCAUAUCAACCACUUACUGUUCUAGAGCUUUGGAAUUCCAAACUCCCUUAAUAUUUAAUGAAGUCUUCCAGAUUCCUGUACAUUCAAGUAUCUUGAAGUUAAAAUCACUGCAACUUUAUAUCUGCUCAGUUGGCCAACAUCAGCAAGAAGAACUGUUGGGCAUUGCUCAGAUUAACCUAGCUGAAUAUGAAAGUUCUAGUGAAAUGCAGCUUCACUGGUUCCCUAUCCAGAUCUUCACUGGUUCAGAUCACGAAGAGACAAAAGACAAACACCAGUGUGAAGACAAUGCUUCUCAGUUUUUUGAAAACAAAAGUACAGGGAAAAUGGAUGCUGUGACUGCCCUUUUAGCUAGGACCACAGCUCAGCUGGAAGCUGUGGAAAGAGAGCUAGCAGAGGAGAGAGUGAAAUUGGAGUACACAGAAGAGGAAAUUCUAGAGAUGGAACAAAAAGAAGAUCAGCUGGAAGCUGUGUCAGAGAGGAGUUGGCAAGCAGAAUCAGUUGACAGUGGAUGUAGUAAUUGCAUGCAGAUCAGUCCUCACCCAGAGUCCUACUGUGGCGAACUGUUACAAAGUCAUAUGUAUGCACCUCAGACAGAUCAGUAUGCCUCUGGAAAAGCCCAGCCUCCACCUCUAAAGGUGGAUAAGGAGACUAAUACAGAAGAUGUCUUCCCAGAAGAAUCAGCUUUGCUUCAUAAAAACAGAACGGGCCGUCGAUCCCGAGGGUCUACAUUUGUUCGUAGUAGCACAAUUGUUCGUUCACAGACAUUCUCGCCUGGUGCCCGAAGUCAGUAUGUUUGUCGACUGUAUCGUAGUGAUAGUGACAGUUCCACUCUGCCAAGAAAGUCGCCCUUCAUCCGAAAUACGUUGGAAAGGCGUACACUCCGUUAUAAGCAGCAAUCAUGUAGAUCAUCUUUGGCUGACCUUAUGGAAAGGACAUCACUUGACCUGGAGCUGGAUCUCCAGGCAUCCAGAACAAGGCAGAGACUCUUGAAUGAGGAAUUAUCUAUUCUGAGAGAAUUGCGGCAGCGCCUGGAGGACGCCCAGCUUACAGGUCAAACUGAUCUGCCUCAUUGGGUCCUUCGGGAUGAACGAUUCCGAAACUUGUUGAAGGAAGCAGAAAGGCAGACAAGACAGACCAAAUUUGAGCAUCGGCAAAAACAAGCAGCUGAAAAAUUGCUUAAAAAAGCAUCCAAAGAAGUAUAUCAGCUGCGUGGUCAAAACCAGAAGGAGCCGAUCCAGGUGCAAACCUUCCGGGAGAAGAUGGCAUUCUUUACAAGGCCAAGGAUCAACAUACCACCUCUGCCAGCUGAUGAUGUAUGACAUGUUACUUUGUAAACAUGAAGUAUUUAUCUACCUGUUCUUAUUUUAAAAUGAAGUUAUUAAACUAGUUAAUUUUAUUUUUAAAAAUCUUCAUGCAAAUUAAUAUACACAUUUUGUAAAAAAUAAAUAAAAAUAAAGUAAACAAAAACAUAUAUAAAUAUAUACAUAUAUAUUUUAUAAUAGUGACUGCAGCAAGGCUUGGUUUUUCCUUGUUGUGAAAUUGACAUCUUUGAAGACAACUUAUUUUAUAUUAAAAAAAAAUCAACUAUCCUGUUAGAGCGUGUACAGUUUUUAUGCUGUUUUAUUUGACUUAAAAGGCUGGAAGACAGAAACAAAGUGAGUUCAGGCAAAUUCACUGUAUUGUAAUUUAUUUAUAGUAACUUGUUUUCCUUGAAGGAAAAUAUUUACUUUAAGAUGUAUUUUAAAAGACAGAAAAUUUGUUACUCAGUAUUUGUCAUACAGUAGAAUGGAACCAUUGAGCUGGUUUUGUUUCUGACAUGAAAAUACUAUGUUCUGAAUUUGUCAGUUUUUAAAUCAUCUUUACUGUCUGCAUCUUAUAAAUGUAACAUGUAUUUUUGGCACUGUCUUGAUAUCAAAAUAUCACCUGCAAUGUUUUUUUUUCCUCUUUAAGAAUAUAUUAAACAUUGCAGGGCACAACUGCAUGUUCUUACUGUGCACUAGUAUCGUUCUCACUUAAUUUGUGUCAAAUAUGUCUUUUAUAAUUUUAAGUAGCUUUUGUGUUUAACGAGGGAAGGAAGAAGGUGACAUGUCUCUUUUUAGCUAUUGUUUUAGAAAAAUUGCUCAUGAGUUUCUUGUAUUAAUUACUAAUGUAGUAUUUUACUAUUUGUCUCUUCUAGAAAUUGUUUAGGACCGCAUUUAGGAGACCAUCCCAAUAAUCAUAGGAAUUUGAGUUUCCUUCGAUUUCCUCAUAGAUCUUGCAUUCCAAAUUUCAUUACCCUCAGUGAACUACAUCUUUCUUAAAGUGUGGUUUAAAAAACUUAAGACCGUACUGCAUCUUGUGCUGGAUCUUAGUGCCUAGCAAAAUGGGACAUAUAUAUAUAU